AUGCCCUCCAUCUACUGCAUCAUUUGCAGGGACACCCUCGGCGACACGUCGUCACCCAUGGCGGCCGCGUGCGGCCACGUCUUCUGCCUCAGCUGCACGACAUUCCACUUCGCCAAUACGCCUUCGUGCCCUAUAUGCCGCAAGGAGCAGUCGCUGGAUGGCAUGAUCCGUCUGUUCCCUACCUGGGAGGACGGGGAGCCGCGUCGAGACGCGCGCCCGAAGUCGCCCGUCGAUGCUCCCCCGACGAGCCCCAUCUGGUCCAUCAACGCUCAAGCGGAGCGGACUGCGGACGCCGUGAAGCGGGCCAUCGCAGACCAACUGGAUCCGGAGGAGGCGUUGACGAGCUGCAAUACCUUCGUGAACUCGAUCCCCGAGCGAGACUACCCGGAGCUGAAUACGGAGUUGCUGCAGGAAGUGCAGUUCCAGCUCAGUCUUAUGGCCACGAAACUUAAGGACGAUUACGAACGGAAAGUGGCUUUGCUCGAGCAAGAGGUGCAGGUAGCGCAACAGGCCAAAUCGAUGAUGAGGGAUAAGCUGCAGCGCAGUCGCUCACGCCGCGAGCAGGAGAAGCUGCAGUACGAGAAGGACAUCCGGAUGCUGCAGAGGGACAAGGACGAGAACGUUCGGAUAUUCCGGGACCAGGGCGAGAAGGCGAUGCUCGAGGUCAGUCGGCUGCAGAGGUCAGUCGACGCUGCGAUGGUCAAUAUCAACGAUAUCUUGGACGAGAAGGAGAAGGCGCAGAAAGGCUGCAUGAGGUACAAGAAGAAGUAUUAUGCCCUGAAGGCCUCUGUGCUAUCUGCCAAGCGAGCAGCAGGACCGUAUGACGACUCCGACGACCUCAUUAUCGCGGACUAG